CCGUUGAGGAACAGUAUCAUUCGUUUGUGAUCGUUCACCGGAUUUGGUGGUGCAAAGAUACGCGGAAUUGGGAGCACUAUGAAGGGAUUUGUUAUAUUGUCGAUGGCUUUGGCCAUUGCUUCUGGAGCAGCCAUUGAUAAGCCGGCCAAGGAAGUGGAAACCAAGCAGGAGACGAACUCUAACCAGGAAAGCAAAGUACAGGAAAAACGAGGUCUGAGUGAUUAUGCGCAUGGACAUGGAUUCGUACAUCAUCCUGAAAUGCUGAGUGGAUUCCAGCCAUCGUAUACAUAUGAAGCUCCUGAAAGCUUCGAGGAUUUCAAGCAUUUCAAACAACCAUCUUAUGAGCACAAGACCUACGACUGGAAGGAUGAGAAGCAUACCAUCAUUACCAAAAAAGUGCCAGUUCCAUACAAAGUGGAAGUUGAGAAGCAUACAAUCAUUGAGAAGAAAGUUCCAAUUCACGUAGAUCGCCCUGUUCCGUAUCGCGUUGAAGUAGAGCGUAAAGUUCCAGUGUAUGUUGAGAAGAAGGUUCAAGUGCACGUAGAUCGUCCUGUUCCAUACCCAGUGAAGGUUCCUUAUCCAGUUGAGGUCGAGAAAAAAGUACCAGUGUACGUAGAGAAGAAAGUUCACGUUGAUCGCCCAGUCCCGUACCCCGUCGAAGUUGAGAAGAAGGUUCCAGUCUACGUCGAAAAGAAGGUGCCAGUCCAUGUUGACCGUUACGUCCCAUAUCCCGUGGAAGUUAAGGUUCCAGUAGUCCAUAAAGUUAAAGUGGAAGUGCCGAAACCCUACACUGUUCAAAUCCCAAAACCAUAUCCGGUGUACGUCGAGAAAGAAGUCAUCAAACACGUUGAUCGUCCAGUGCACGUAGAAGUAGAGAAGAAGGUUCCAGUUCCAGUUCUCCACAAAGUUGAAGUCCCCAAGCCGUACGCAGUCAUCAUCGAGAAGCCUGUAUUAGUCGAAAAGAAUCAUGAUCAUCACGAUCACGAAAACAAUCACCAUGAAAGCCACGUUUAUGUUCACCAAAAACCAGUGGCCCUGAAACUGACCGGAUACACUUCCGAACCUGUUCAUGAUUCGCAUCACGACGAAGAGGACCAUCACCAGAGUGAAAAACACAUUGUGCAAUAUCAAAUCCAUCAGACGUCUCAUCCAGUUGCUGAGCACUUAGCUCACCACAAGGAUGAGCACGAUGAUAGCGAAGAGCAUCGCCAUAACGCCGCCCACUAUCACCACCAGAGGCAGCACCAGCAGCAGCAACAACAGCAGCACCACCAUGAGGAAUACCGCCAUCAUGAUGAUGACCAUCAUGAACAUCACGAAGAACACCACCAUGUUCCCAGCCACCAUAAGCGCGAUUCUGAAAAGCAGUAAUGUUGUGAACUCGAUCCGUUCCUUCUCUAGUCUAUCCGUGUAAACCGAAUGUUUACAAAUGUUUAGAAUGAUUUUCUUCUUGUUAAUUGUCAUUGUUGUUAAUAAAUCUUGUAGUUAAUGUAA